UCAUCGUCGCGCUUUGAGGACGUACUUCCGGCUUCCCUUUUACCCCCCCGACACGUGUGUCAUCACACAGUUUCCAGCAGAGGGGAGGAAAACAACGAUUAAACUCUACAUUUGGUGCCUCUGUUUUGUUUUUAUAUCACCGAAGGAGUUACCCUCUAACCAGCCAAGAUGGUGAAGCCUCAGUUUAAGGGGAAAAUGUCAAUUAAUCCCUCAAGCUCCAGCAGCAACCCGGAUCGGGCCAAAGGAGCUGGAGACACCAACCUGAGGGACCGAGCCACCAUCAAGCGUCUGAAUAUGUACAGACAAAAACAGAGAUGUAACAACAGAGGAAAAGUCAUCAGACCUUUACAGUUCCAGUCCACUGUGACUCCGGGAACGAUGGCCCGAGUGGAACCCAACAUCAAGUGGUUUACAAACACACGUGUCAUCAAGCAGACAUCCCUGCAGAAGUUCCAAGAGGAGAUGAGCGCCGUGCAGAAAGAUCCGUAUCGAGUGGUAAUGCGACGAAGCAAACUGCCCAUGUCUCUGCUGCACGACCGAGUCAAAGCCCACAACUCAAAGGUGCACAUUUUAGACACAGAAGGUUUUGAGACUACAUUUGGGCCCAAAGCUCAGAGAAAGAGGCCCAGUCUGGUGGUCAGUGAUAUGAAGGACCUGUUGGCGCAGGCUGCAGCUUCCACUAUGAGCUACAGUGCAGAGAAGGACCAAGACCUGGUGACAGAGGACACAGGGGUCCGAGUCGCAGUCCGCGAGGAAAUUUUCAAAAAGGGUCAGUCCAAGAGGAUAUGGGGAGAACUUUACAAGGUGAUUGACUCGUCAGACGUGGUCAUCCAAGUGCUGGACGCCCGCGAUCCUAUGGGAACGCGCUCCCAGAACAUCGAGUCAUACAUCAAGAAGGAGAAAUCUUGGAAGCAUCUGAUCUUUGUUCUCAACAAGUGUGACCUCAUCCCCACCUGGGUCACUAAACGCUGGGUGGUGCUGUUGUCCCAGGAGUAUCCCACGCUGGCUUUUCACGCCAGCCUUACCAACUCUUUUGGUAAAGGCUCCCUCAUUCAGCUCCUCAGACAGUUUGGAAAGCUCCACACAGAUAAGAAACAAAUAAGCGUGGGCUUCAUUGGUUAUCCAAAUGUGGGAAAGAGCUCAGUCAUCAACACGCUGCGCUCAAAGAAGGUCUGCAAAGUGGCGCCUAUUGCUGGAGAAACAAAGGUGUGGCAAUACAUCACUUUAAUGCGGCGUAUCUUCCUCAUUGAUUGUCCAGGUGUGGUCUACCCCUCAGAAGACAACGAAACUGAGAUUGUCCUCAAAGGAGUGGUUCAAGUAGAGAAGAUCAAGAACCCCGAGGAGCACAUCGGCGCAGUGCUGGAGCGAGCCAAACCAGAAUACAUCCAGAAGACCUACCGCGUUCCCAAGUGGACCUCCACAGAAGAUUUCCUGGAGAAGUUGGCAUUUCGCUUUGGCAAACUUUUAAAGGGAGGCGAACCAGAUCUCCCCACUGUGUCCAAAAUGGUGUUGAAUGAUUGGCAGCGGGGGCGUAUACCUUUUUUUGUGAAGCCCCCAGGACCCCAGGGAGACCAGGGACACCACGAGGAGCCGCUGCCAGUAGAAGGCCCCUCAGAAGCAGUAGAUGUUGGGCAGACAGACGACGCGGCCACUGUCCCUGCUGUGGAAGAUGAAGACAAGAAAAAAGAAAAGGAGCAGCUAGACAAGAUUGUCUCAAACGUGCGACAGAACUUCGGCAAGAUCAACGUGGCGCCAGAAUUCAACGAGGAAGACCUGGUCCCUGUGGAAAUGCCCGACCUAGACAUCUCUGACUUUUCUGGUUCUGAGGCUGAAGUGGAAGAGGACAGCGAGGAAGAGGAUGGUGUAGAGAAAAAGAAGGAGGAGGAAGACACCAGCGAGCCAGUUGGCGACAAGGUUUCGGUCGUUGAGUCCAGCAAGACUUCCAAGCAGGUGAUCCGCGAGCUAGACGAUAAGAUUGCCAAGUAUAAGCAGUUUCUGGACCGGGCCAAAUCCAAGCGCUUCUCUGCGAUACGGAUACCUAAAUCACUUUCUGACAAAGUGCUCAGCGACAUCCAGAAGAAACGACCAGAACCUUCCAAGAAGCAAGCACAGAAGAAAGCUGCCCCCCAGAAAAACAGGAAGAGGAAAGCUGAGGACGAAGAACCCUCCCAGCGAGCCAACCUGUCAUCCAAAGAGAAAAGAGCGAAGGAGCGCGCCAACAAGUCGAAGAAAGUGGGCGCACGCUAUUACGAAACACACAACGUGAAAAACAGGAAUAAGAGCAAGAAACUAGAGGUCCAAGCGGCACCUUCACAGGGCAGUAAGGCAAAAAGAGCCAAACGCUAAGCAAGGUAGCAAAUAUUCCUAAAAAGACUCUCAAUCGUACUUUAUUUUUGGAAUAAAUGGUCAAUAGUCA